UCGCCCAAUCUGGCAACACUGUUAGUGGAUGACAAGUCCAGAUAUCCACCGGAGAAGACCGGAGAAACGGCACGGCGAUAGACUCGCCCUUGUUAUCAAGGCUCCCAUCUCUUCCGUGUUGGCAGUCAUUGUAACACACCGGUCGUCAUUCAUGCGCUUAUGGAUCCGAAAAUAAACUGCUUCAAAAAGGGGUGGUCCUCCGUGGUGUAGAGGAGUCGAGAGAGCAUUUUAAAGGUUAGCUCGUUAGCCUAGCAUCCAUCGCAUCCAGCUGAACCGAUCCCUUCGUCGGCGAGCAGCUCGGUCGUCAGAGGACCUACAGGGUAUGGUCGGUCACAAUACACUGCUGAGAAUGUGCAGCAGAGUCCACCACUGCUCGGAGUGAAAUACGUGUCCAGAAUUAACAUUCGCUGACGAACCAGAAGCCCCGGGGCUGACCCCCGGUAGGCGACCGAAGCAUGGCCGGGAACCCUAGGAGGGGCGCGGGGCUGAUCGGGCUGAUGAAGGACGCCUUCCAGCCCCACCAGCAGCCGCUGCAGCCCCACCAGCCGCCCGUGGUCGACAAGAAAAUGGUCGAGAAAUGCUGGAAACUAAUGGACAAGGUGGUCCGCCUGUGCCAGAACCCCAAGGUUGCGUUGAAGAACAGCCCGCCGUACAUUUUGGACCUGCUGCCUGACACCUACCAGCACCUGCGCACCAUACUGUCGCGCUACGAGGGCAAGAUGGAGGUGCUCGGGGAGAAUGAGUAUUUCCGUGUGGUGAUUGAGAACUUGACCAACAAGAUCAAGCAGACCAUCAGCCUGUUCAAGGAAGCCAAGGAGAGGAUGUACGAGGAAAACUCUCAGCCAAGACGCAACCUGACCAAGCUGUCUCUGAUCUUCAGUCACAUGCUGGCCGAGCUGAAGGCCAUCUUCCCCAACGGCCUCUUCCAGGGCGACAACUUCCGCAUCACCAAAGCAGACGCUGCAGACUUCUGGAGACGCUCCUUUGGGGACAAGACCAUUGUGCCCUGGAGGACCUUCAGACAGGCCCUGCAUGAGUUCCAUCCCAUCAGCUCCGGGCUGGAAGCCAUGGCCCUCAAGUCCACCAUCGACCUCACCUUCAACGACUACAUCUCUGUGUUCGAGUUUGACAUCUUCACAAGGCUGUUCCAGCCAUGGGCAUCUCUAUUAAGGAACUGGAACAGUCUAGCUGUUACACACUCCGGCUACAUGGCCUUCCUUACCUACGAUGAAGUCAAGGCCAGACUGCAUCGCUUCAUCCACAAACCGGGCAGCUACAUCUUCAGGCUGAGCUGUACCCGUCUGGGCCAAUGGGCCAUCGGCUACGUGACGGCCGAUGGGAACAUCCUGCAGACCAUCCCCCACAACAAACCCCUCUUCCAGGCCCUCAUCGACGGCUACAGGGAGGGCUUCUACUUGUUCCCAGAUGGCCGAGCCCAGAACCCAGACCUCACUGGACUGUGCGAGCCCUCCCCACAGGACCACAUCAAAGUCACCCAGGAGCAGUACGAGCUCUACUGCGAGAUGGGCUCCACCUUCCAGCUGUGCAAGAUCUGCGCAGAGAACGACAAAGACGUGAAGAUUGAGCCAUGCAGCCACCUCAUGUGCACCUCCUGCCUCACUGCCUGGCAGGAGUCCGAAGGGCAGGGCUGCCCGUUCUGCCGCUGUGAGAUCAAGGGGACCGAGCCCAUCGUGGUGGACCCCUUCCGGCCAAAGCCCAACGGGGCCUCCUUCGCAGGCUUCCAGGGGCCCUGCAGGGCUGAGGGCAACGAAGAGGACGAGGACGACCGCCUGGAGGACCAGCACCUGGUCAUGAGCAGGCUGGCGUGCUCCAAGGUAGAGCGUCCGUCCUCCCCAGUGUCUCCACUCCCCCCUGUGCCCCCCCGACUGGAUCUCCUACAGCAGAGGCCCACCACUGUGGGGCCGAUGGGUCUGGGGGCGACCGCUAAGGUCCUGGCUCCUCACAGAGACAAGCCCCUCCCCCUGCCCCCAGCCCUGCGUGAGCUCCCCCCGCCUCCUCCCCCCGAGCGCCCCUCUCCGGCCCCCCCCUCGCAGGACGUCCGGCUCCAGCGGAGGCCGCUGCCCUCCACCCCGGACCAGCCCAGCUGGGCGGCCAACUACAUGGUCCCCCGGCCCGUAUCCAAGGCCCCGCUGGCCCCCGGCGCCCCGCCUCCUCCGCAGACCAACGGGGCCGAGGCCUCCAAGGCCCCCGCCGCCGCCGCCGCAGCCGCCACCAACAUCAUCUACUGCCAGGCCACCAGGCCCUUCCAGACGGCAGCGGCGGCGGCGGUCAGCGAGGACAUGGUAUCCCCCGAGGGGGAGGAGAACGAGUACAUGAGCCCCACCUCCCUACCGGCCUCUGGGGCCCCGUGGGUCAUACCAGGGGCCCUGGUCCCCCCUCCGCCCUCGGCUCAGGCGUCCCGCCACAACGACCUCGGCCCCAUGACGUGUGAAGACUUGGACGACCCCCAGGUGUAUGAGUCCAUGUGUAACAUCCAGGACCAGGUGGCCGAGGCGGCCGCACCGGCCCUCGACUCUGAGCGCCCCCGCCACUCCCCCGUGGCGCCCCAGGACAAGCCGGCGGAGGCGGAGGGUGUGUACGAGUACGACUACCCCCGGCCCAUGGCCCCGCCCGCCCCCGCCCGACGCACACUCUCGGACAUCUCCGGCAGCUCGCCGGCCUUCAGCAGCCUGAGCCUGGACCGUUCAGGGGCCCUGGACCGGCACGGGACCCUGGAGCCCUCCUUGUUCGCAGCGGGCUCGGACCUGGAGCGCCCCCCCAAGCCCCUCCCGCGCCGGGCCAACUCGGACCGCUGGGGGCGGCCCCUGAACCCAGAGGUGCCUCCGGGGUACAUGGCCCCCGCCACACCCUCUCCCCCCGCCGCCGCCGCCAUCAGCGGGGAGAUCGAGGGCCUGAUGUCCCAGGGCUACUCCUUCCAGGACAUCCAGAAGGCCCUGAUGAUCGCCCAGAACAACCUGGAGACCGCCAAGAACAUCCUGCGCGAGUUCGUCUCCGUGCCCUCGGCCGCGCACGUCGCCACGUAG